CAGAAACUCGCUGUCGCUGCCUGCAAGGACAGAGACGACCCACUGGGCGGCGCUCUGGCUGAAGACGGUGAUCGUAUGACCUCAUAGACUCGUGGCCAGCACUUUCUCGACGGGGACUCACUUUGGCCCGGGUGGUUAUGCGCUGCGGAAUGUGGCGAGACGAACAUGAGAUGGUGGCGAGACGAAACACAGAGAGAUGAUACCGCGACUUUGGUGUUUUUUCAUGAAGAUCGUUUCACUUCUACGCGCGUGCAGGCCACGAUGCGCCCUUUGUAGCGGGCCCGAGACAUAAAAGGUGCUUCACCAAAACGGGGUGGCACCGGCACGACACAAAGUGGUUCUCACAUCAAUCUCGCUUUGCGAACGGGGUUGCCCUUUCAGCAUCGCGUCGCUAAUAAACUCGCCGUCGCGUGCCGGGUCGAUCUGCAGCAGACCGGGACCCCCUCGUUCUAGCUGCGCUAGCGAGUGUUUAUAUACCCUCGCGUUGUAUGCUUCAUUUCACCGCGACGACCCCUCAAUUCGGUUUUUGCUCUCUUGCUUUACGAGAUGCCUUGCCUUGCGCCGCCCAAAAUCUACCGCGACUCCUUCCCUUCCCCACCUCCUCUGUACAAAUCCGCUGUCCUCCCUAUGCCACCACCACCGCCACCGCCGCUUUACGCCACCCCUCAAUCCCUCCAAGCCCGACGACGUCGCGUGAGCCCCGCCUCCCACCUCGCGCUGCACGACGUCUCUUCUUUACCGCCGCUGAACGUGUGCAACCGCAUGAACGCCCACAUCCGCACGAACCCGCUGCUCGACUCGCCGUACUUCGACCUCGCGGGGCAUGUCGGGAGCCGCGUGUACGAGGCCUUCCGCGUGCCCUACGCGCACGACGCCGACACCGAGACCGCCGCGUUCCUGGACGUCGGCGUGCGGCGGCUGCUGCCGACGCCCGUGCCGCGGGCCCGCACCGCGGCGCCGAAAGGAAGCACGUUCAGCAUCCAAGCGACGCCCGGCGGGGCAGCCGGACAGGGGAUGUUCGCUUCGCGGAACAUCCCGGCGGGGGGCACGGUGCUCGUUGAGCGGCCGGCGGUCGUCGUGCCGUAUCUGAUGACGUGCUUCGACCGGAAGACCGAGGCGGACGUCUACGCGUCGCUCCUGCGCAGGCUGAGCCCCGAGUGCGCGGCGCGCCUGAUGGGGCUGGCGAACUGCACGCAGCGGCCCGGACUGGAGGGUGUUAUCCUGACGAACGCGAUUGCGAUCACGCUCGACGUCCCCGAGGUGCCGCACGCGGAGGUGCCCACCCACCGGGCCGUGUUCCUCAACACGAGUCGGUGCAACCACAGCUGCGGGCCAAAUGCGCAGUGGCGCUGGGACCCCACGACGUUCUCGCUCACUCUCCGCGCGCUGCGGCCGAUCCCCGCCACGGAGGAGAUCACCGUCGCAUACGUCACCCCGACGCACCCGCACGCCGCGCGCCAAAAGGCGCUCAAGGCGCUCUACAACUUCACGUGCCGCUGCCCGCACUGCCUGCGCCCCAACGACGCCGCGCGCGCCGAGCUGCACGCGUUCUGGGGCGCCGUCCCCGCGCGCUUCGAGGCGUGGUGCGUCGACGCGCGGCUGCCGGACCACCUCCUCAUCGACGCGCACAAACGCGCGGUGCAGCUCAUCGAGGCCGAGGGCCUCGAGACGCUCGGGUACUGCCGCCACCUCGACGCGAUCGCCAUGGGCUACGGCGCGCUCGGCGAGGCGGAGGAGUUCCGCGCGUGGAGCCGCCGCGCGCGUGAUUUGCGGCCCAUUGAUACGGACGAGCGGCGCGAUGAGCUGCGCGUCAUGCUCGAGUGGAUUGACGAGCCGGAAAAAUUCCCUGUUUGGGGCUGGCGGAGAUGUCUGAGCGAGAAGAGGAAGACGAGUCCUCUGCCACAUGUUGCUUGA